UCCCGCCGCGGCGCCUGCAGCGGCAGUGACAGGCGAGCCCCGCCCGGUGGCGGAGAGGAAGUGCGGGGCCGCCGCGCCGAGCCCGUCUCCGCGCAGGCCGGCUCCCCCGGGCGGCUGGGUGACAGUGUCGCGGCCGCCGGGCACAGCGCGGGGCAAGCGCCGGGCAGCCGAGAGCCAGGCGGAGGCUUCAGCAGAGACGCCGGGAAAAUGGCUGAUGACUUUGGCUUCUUCUCGUCGUCGGAGAGCGGGGCCCCUGAGGCGACUGAGGAGGACCCAGCGGCUGCCUUCCUGGCCCAGCAGGAGAGCGAGAUCGCCGGCAUAGAGAAUGACGAGGGCUUCGGGGCACCUGCCGGCAGUCAGGUGGCCUCCGCGCAGCCGGGACCCGCGAGUGGGGCUGGUUCUGAAGACAUGGGGACUACUGUUAAUGGAGACGUGUUUCAGGAAGCUAAUGGCCCUGCUGAUGGCUACGCUGCAAUUGCCCAAGUUGACAGGCUGACUCAGGAGCCCGASAGCAUACGCAAAUGGAGAGAGGAGCAGAAGAAACGGCUGCAAGAGCUAGAUGCUGCCUCUAAGGUGACAGAACAGGAGUGGCGGGAGAAGGCCAAAAGGGACCUGGAAGAGUGGAACCAGCGCCAGAGUGAACAAGUUGAGAAGAACAAGAUCAAUAACAGGGCAUCUGAGGAGGCAUUCGUGAAGGAAUCCAAGGAGGAGACUCCAGGCACAGAGUGGGAGAAGGUGGCCCAGCUCUGUGACUUCAACCCCAAGAGCAGCAAGCAGUGCAAAGAUGUGUCCCGGCUGCGUUCGGUGCUCAUGUCCUUGAAGCAGACGCCGCUGUCCCGCUAGGUGCCUGUCAUAAGCAUGAUCACAAAGCACGGGCCACACCAGGGCAGAGGAGCAGCAGCUGCUUUGGCCAGGGUGGAAACUUCCUCUGGCAGCUGCUACACACAGCCUAUUCCGUUCCUCUCCAUCUCCCGGGGCUGAGAAAGGGGACCCUGACCCCUUUGGUCCCUUGCUCUCUCCUGGCCCUAUGGUCCAGCCCCUCAUGGCUCCUCCUCAGUCCACUCAAUUGUGACUGUCCCUCUUGAUUUAUUUUUUUUUUCUUGCUUAAAGGGUGUGUUGUUAACUCUUUUUACACCUAUUUAUUAUCAUCCUCAUUUCUCUGGAAGCCACAA